UUCUUUGCGCAGGUCGAAAAACCAGUGAUGUUGUGAAAAGAAUUUGUAAACAAUGGAAUUUGUCUCAAACAGCAAUAAACUAUCGUAAUUAAGUGUGAUGUUACAAGUUUAGAAGUAUAAUGGAAAGUAUUGUGCAUGACAAAACGUAAAGUACCUGCAAUCCACCCUGCUAUGAAAUCUUCUAUCUGUAUGAUCAUUUUUCUUUAUUCAUCGCAUUGAUAAGUUUUUGUGGCUUCACUUAAACAGUUCAAAGCAGCAGGAAGUCUCUGACAACCCUUUGAAACCCACAUUGGCGGCCUUGAUACGAAAUAUUUUUAACAUUUAUAUAAGCACAACCGUAUUAAAAUAGAACGGAAAAUUUCACAUUUGAACAUGCUGUCGCGAAAAAACAAGGACUUGAAAACAAUCAAAGAAGGGGUGGUUGGAAAAUAUGUCAAAAAAGACACCCCUCCCGAAAUGCCAAUCAUCAACGUCUGGACUACCGAGCCAAAGAGGAGACUUUCAAACCAAAGCAGGUCUUCCCUCCCCCCAUCGCUGAACAGAGGGACGAACCAGAGUAGUAUUACGGUGCAGAAAUUCGGGAAUCAAAAGACAAUAAUUACUUCAGGCUUAGGGGCGCAUCAGGGCAAAUAUACACCCAGUUCUUCUGUACCUGACCUUGCCACAAGAUUUGCCAAUUUGUCUACCAAUGAAAACAACUCAUCACAUAGUACACCGAGUUCUUCGACGUCUUCAGCGCAACACAUUUACAUGAAUCAACAUAUCAGUCCUUCCUACAGUGAUAAUUCAGCAAAUGCUAAUUAUGUGGAAAUUGAUCAAAUUUAUCCUUUAACUACCACUCAAGACAAUAAUUCAAAUUAUAAUAGAAAUCACUCCCCUAUUUAUCAAAAUACUAGCGAUAAAAGUCAAGAUACGACCCCCAUUUACAGCAAUACAAAUGUGGAAAGAUACUCAAAUCCCCUACAAGGUAUGUCAUAUGGAGAAUCGCUUGCUCAUCAUCUCCGACACACAUUGGGAAGGAGUGACAGUAAUCAAGAUCAAUCAGAAGAACUACCCUUACCACCAGGAUGGUCAGUGGACUAUACAUUACGAGGCCGGAAGUAUUAUAUAGAUCACAACACAAAAACAACACAUUGGUCGCACCCUCUUGAAAGAGAAGGACUACCAACAGGAUGGCAAUGUGUACAUUCUCCCCACUAUGGCAUAUAUUAUGUCAAUCACAUCACUAAACAAGCUCAAUAUGAGCACCCUUGUCUAGUGCCUUGUUUUAACUAUCAGCCAGAAGUGAGAUAUUUAAAUCCACCAAGGCCCACUCAUUAUCAACCACACAGUGUCUUAGUGCCCGCGAACCCGUAUUUGCUUGAGGAAAUUCCUCACUGGCUUAAUAUUUACUUUAAAGCAAGCCCUGAUUUAGACCAUAAACUUAGAUGGGACAUGUUUCGCCUCCAGGACUUGGAUUGCUACAACGGCAUGCUUACGCGCCUGUACAAACAGGAGUUGCAAAAUAUUGUAAUGAGAUAUGAAACAUACAGGUCAGCUUUGCUUGUUGAAAUGGAAAAGUUUCGAAACAAUCGGAACAACACAGGGGCUGUGACCAGUCAAUGAAAAGUACCAUGUUCCUUUGUUUUUAUUAUUUAACUAUAAAAUGUGAUUUUAAGUUUA